AAAGGCUAGAAGGAACCAUUCCAAUGUGGAGGGGUGGGCGAAGAUCUCCUGUUAGAAGACCAGGGGAAAGGAAGAAAACUCCCAGCUCAAAAUAGCAGCGAUGGUUAUUAUAGCGCAUAUAAAUCGGGAUAAGAAUCUUUAACGCACCCUCUGAAGAGGAACCAGAUUACUUUCCCUCUGUACUUCCCCCCACAGGCGCUCGUGGUGCCGGCGCCGCGGACGGGAGCUCAUUGGGGUCAAUUCAAGUCAUGCAGGUUGCAAGAAACGCGGGGUCUCGGUUCUUGCGGCCAUGGGUAUGGCCAUCGACAGGCAGGGUCGUGGCCCGGGCGCCGGCCGCCACCAUUCACAGGGGCGCCCAGCAGCUGCAAGACGCGGCGGCCAAGCAGGACGUUGAGGAGACGGCAGCUCCGGCUCCGGCCCCGGCCCCGGCCCCGAGCCGCAGCAGCUUCAGCAUUUACCCCCCGGUCCCAGGACAGGAGAGCUCCCUGAGGUGGGCAGGGAGGACGUUUGAGGAGAUCCCGAUCGCACACAUCAAGGCGUCGUACAACAACACACAGAUCCAGGUCGUCUCUGCCGCCAACCAGCCCCUCGCCCGCACCUCCUGCGGCACGGAGGGCUUCCGCAACGCCAAGAAGGGCACGGGCCUCGCGGCGCAGACCGCCGGCAUCGCGGCCGCGGCGAAAGCGACGGGGAAGGGCGUGACCCACGUCCGCGUGGUGGUGAAAGGCCUGGGGCCAGGGCGCCUGGCUGCCAUCAAGGGGCUGACCAUGGGGGGCCUGGAAGUGAUCUCCAUCACGGACAACACCCCCAUCCCGCACAACGGCUGCCGCCCCAGGAAGGCCCGGAGGCUGUGACGGGAGGAAGCCCCCCCCUCCGGACCUCGUCGAAAGCACACCGUCGGAGCUCUCUCCAGAGGGUGGCUUGUCGGAGGUCCUUCAGGCAGAAAGGGACAGCUGUGCCUCCUUACAUGGGGGCCUUUGUUGUACUUUGACUGGACACCGGCGUGCCCAGAAGCAAGGCCAUUCCAUCUGGGACACAAGGAGAGCCGGGGGGGGCAGCUGGGGCCCGGACUCCCACCAGUGAACGCUGCCCUCUCAGAAGAAAUAAAAGAAUAUGUCUACCAUC